AUGCCAAAGAUCACCUCUCUUCUGGAAGAUCGGAAAGGUCCAUUCCACACCUUCGAGUUCUUCCCACCAAGGACGGAAGCAGGUCUGGUCAAUUUGCUCGAUCGUAUUCAGAGAUUGGCUUCUGCUCCUCUCCCUUCACCUUUGGCGGUAUCAGUCACUUGGGGAGCUGGAGGCUCAACAGCGGAUAAAUCCUUGGAACUAGCUGAACACAUCACCAAGCUGGGUCUGGAAGUUAUAUUGCAUUUGACAUGUACGAACAUGCCGAAAGAGAAAGUCGAUCAGGCUUUGGAGAAAUGCAAAUCACUCGGUAUCCGAAAUAUCCUAGCAUUAAGGGGUGAUGCACCACGAUCUGAGGAAUAUUCCACCGACCCAAACCCCCAGCCAGAUUAUUUCCAACAUGCCGAUGAUCUUGUCCGAUACAUCAGGAAGAAUUAUGAGAAUUAUUUCAGUAUUGGUGUAGCUGGAUAUCCAACUCCUCACCCUGAUAGCGAAUCAUUUGAAUCGGAUUUAGAAUACCUCAAAGUGAAAUGCGAUGCAGGAGCGGACUUCAUCGUCACGCAGUUGUUUUACGAUGUCCAAGGGUUUUUGGAUUGGGUGAAAGUUUGUAGAGAGAAAGGUAUCACACAACCAAUCAUACCCGGUAUCAUGCCCAUUCAAAACUUCUCUUCCUUCCGAAGACUAGUCAAUCUCACCAAAUGUCCCGUACCCGAGUCAAUCUCUUCCGACUUAUUGCCAAUUUCAUCGGAUGACUCGUCCGUCAAGAAGUAUGGAGCUGAAUUAGCUACUAAGAUGGUCAAACAGAUCUUAGAGUCUGGACUAGUCCCCGGAAUCCACUUUUGUACAUUAAACUUGGAGAAAUCAGUUCGAACCAUAUUAGAAAACCUCAAUUGGACUGCUACUCCUACAGUGAAGUUGGAGAAAUCACCUCUGGUGAGACAUAAUAGGUUAAUUGAAGAUGAUCAACCUAUCACCAACGGUGCGAUAGCCAUCAAUGGACAUUCAACUUCCAACCAUAACAAUCAAAUAUCGGAAUUAUCAAUUAGUCCAAGUGAAGCGAGUCAACUCGCCCAAUGGGGCUUACAACACCACUCGUUACCUCCUGUUCCCAAGAAAGCUGCCAUCCAAGGUGCGCCCUCGAAUAGUGGUCAGGGUCAAGAAGAUUCGUGGGACGAAUAUCCAAAUGGUAGAUUCACGGAUGUGAGAUCACCUGCUUAUGGUGAGAUCGAUGGUUGGGGAAGUGGUUUGAAGAUUACCGCUGCCCAAGCAUUGAAAGAAUGGGGUACACCCACGACCCUCUCUGAGCUUUCGGAAUUCUUCACUUCGUACCUCAAAUCAUCACCUCAGACACCUACCACUCCAUUCUGUGACUUACCACUGUCCCCCGAGUCAUUGACGAUCUUACCGUAUUUAUUGGAAUUGAAUUCGGCGAAAAUGAACUGCUGGACUGUGGGUUCACAGCCUGCUGUGGAUGCUAUCAAUUCCGAAGAUGCCAUACAUGGUUGGGGUCCAAGAGGCGGAUAUGUAUUCCAGAAAUCGUUCGUGGAGUUCUUCGUCAAGCCCGAAGAGGUCAGAAAAUUGAAAGAGAAGGUUGAGAAGAGAGGUGGGGGUAAGAUUAGCUUUUAUGCUGGGAAUAAGAAGGGAGAUUUCAAAACGAACACUGAAGAAGAUACUGUCAACGCAGUUACAUGGGGUGUUUUCCCAGGACAAGAGAUAGUUCAAUCGACUAUCAUUGAGACUGAAUCUUUCUUAGCUUGGAAGGAAGAAGCAUUUGAUAUUUGGACAGAAUGGUCAUUGCUUUAUCCUAGACAUUCACCCGCACGUAAAUUGUUGGAAGGCAUAGCGAGCGAAUGGUGGUUGGUCAGUUUGAUCCAUCAUGAUUACAAGGACAAAGAAGCUUUAUGGAGGUUCUUGCUUGAAGAGUAG